ACAAACAGUUACUUAAAAAAGAAGUGUCCGAAUUUUUCGAGAUGGAAAUUGUCUGUUUGAAGUUUUUGAAUAUCUGGUAUUGUGUUUAGUUUCAUCAGCUUGAAGUUGAUGUUAACUGCAGAGCUGUUAGGCCUAGAAGAAACUUUAUGUGAACAAAAGCGACGUUAUGAAAUUCUGAAUAAUGAGUUCGAAAACUACAAGCUGAAAGCUGAAGCAAUACUAAAAAGCAGAUCUGUGAAGAAUGAUGCUUUGGAAAGUACAGGGAUAUCACAUACAUUAUCGUUGUUACCUGUAAGCGAAUGCUCAUCUUGUGCAGCGGCAGAAGUAGACCUGCGACAUAUGCGUUCAGUUGUGACUUCGCUUCAUAACAAAUUGCAUUCUCUUGAAAUUGAUUAUACGAAUGCAAAAAAAGGCUACGAAGAGAAAACAGCCCAACUACAACUAAAAAUUAUCGAAAUGGAAAGGGUGCAGGAAAAUUCGACUUCUGAUUUACGCAAUCAAAUGCAUCAGAAGGUGAUCGAAAUGGAAUCAGAAAUGCAAAAGCAACGUAUCCGGGCUCUGGAUAUCCUUGCAGAAAAAGAAAAUGAGUUGGAAAUUACGAAAGCGAAAUUAAACUCAAUAAUAAGAAACCAGCCAAAUGUUGAUCCAGUAGAUCCUCCACAAGAUACUUCAUUCCGACCCGUGAAAUAUCGACAAAGUCACUCACACGACUUCUUUGAAAGUAAUACUUCUACAGAUAAACAACGAAUUGGAGAAAUUCGGAGUGUAAAUGAUCAUUCAUCAAGUGAUGUCGAUUCGUGCUCCAGUGUCGUGGAUGAGCACCAUUCAGAAUGUUUAUCAGUUUCACCGAAUAGUACCCAAGUUCUUUUCAAUGUCCCUGGAACUACAGCUGCCGCAGAAACUCGCAACAUAUUUUACGAACAGCAGCUUGUCAAGAGGGAAAGACAAAUAGUUGAAUUAAGAAAUGCUAUGCACAUAGCAGAAUUAAAUGUUCGCGAUAUUCACCAAGCAGCUGUCACUAAAGAUCUGCAACAUUUCGAAAUGGUGGAAAAAUUGAAGGAUGAGAUCAGGAUCCUGGAAGGAAAACUGAAAUUUUUAAGUGUUGAUUCAAAUAUGGAGUAUUUACGGAACGUUUUUAUUCAAUUGCUACACUGUGACACUUCUUCCGGUCGUAAACACAUCCUGAAAGCGAUAGGUGCUGUGUUGAAAUUAAGUGUAACCGAAAUGCGAGCGAUUGAGAAACGUAACCUGUAG